CAAAAGGCAAGGGUUGAACGCUUCGAAACGGUUCGAGCGCUUCAUGCAUGUCAUAUGGAUGAUUCUCAACCCGUCUCAACUUAUGUUCUUAAAAUGAAAAGCUACAUUGAUCGCCUCGAAAGGCUAAAUUGUCCCGUUUCAACCGAGUUGGCUACGGAUUUGAUCCUCAACUCCUUAUCUAAGAGAUUUGAGACCUUCGUGUUAAAUUAUAACAUGAACGGAUGGGACAAAACCGUUUCCGAGCUCCACGGGAUGCUCAAAACGGCCGAGGCUAGCAUGGGAGGAAAGGUUCAACCCGUUCACAUGAUCAAUGAAGGCGGAAAGAAAAGGGCCAACCCCGGACCAAAGGCAAAUGUUGCUAAAGGAAAGGGAAACAACAAAAGGAACAACAGAGGAACAGGAAAGGCAAAAAUGGAUACUCCAAAAACGAAGAAGCAAAAGGUUGCUGUCAAUGACCCAUGCUUUGAGUGUGGGGAGGUAGGACAUUGGAAGCGUAAUUGUCCAACCUAUCUCAAAGAGUUGAAAGCUAAGAGGGAUGCAGGGCAAACCUCAGGGGUUCAUAAGAAAAAGGAACAUCAAGAAGGGGGACAUUAGUCUCUUUAUGGGCAAUGGUGCGAAAGUACAAGUUGAAGCCCAAGGAGACUAUCUUUUGAAACUUCCAAAUGGUUUGGAAAUUGUAUUGAACAAUGUUUUGUAUGCACCCAGUUUGACUAGGAGCAUUAUUUCAGUUUCCCGUUUAAGACAUG